GUGAGGAGAGGGACGUGUCGCAGCCCGAGAGUCUUCUGCACAUGGCUGCACGUGCUGCUUAAGGCAGUAGUUAGACCUGGGGACCACUGCUCUGCAAGCCUGCUAUUUCCAUUCCUCGGUGCUCAGAACAGGGAUAACGCUGCCCUUGAUAUCCUUAAGUGGGGUGGAGCAGCAGAGAGGGAAGGUGCCUAAGCCCUGCAGCGCUGUCAAACGUAGACACCACCAUGCUCUCCCACAAAACUGCAGCAGAUGCCUCUGCUGUCACCACGGUGCGGGCAGAGGCUGCCCACGGGCUGGAAGAGCUGAGGGACCUAAGGACACCCCCCUUUGUUUUUUAAAUUAUUUUUUCUUUGGGAGCUUUGAAGCUGGCACAGAACAGCCAUCUCGUCCGCACCGCUCCCCGCAGACAGAGCACGGCCUGCACAAUAAAGAGCCGUCCUUCCUCUCCCUGGCCAAACGCCUCGGGGCGCUUCAGGCUCUUUGGCGAAGUAGGGUAAAAGACGAGUAGGAGCUGCAAGGAGCCGGGCCCCGGCCAGGGCUGCCAUGAUACCGCCCCUGCGCAUGCGCGGUAGCCCCGGCGAGAUGGCGGAGGAAGAGCCGAGGCGGCGGAUCCCGCUGGUGCCGGAGAACUUGCUGAAGAAGAGGAAGGCCUACCAGGCCAUCAAGGCCACCCAGGCCAAGCAGGCGCUCCUCAACAAGCGGAAGCACCAGAAGGGGAAACAAAUCCAGUUUAAACGCCUUGAGGCUUUUGUUCAAGAUUCAUGGCGCAAACACCGAGACAACAUCCGGCUGAGGCGCAUGGAGCAGAGACCUGGACAGACGGCUGUACCUCAGGAGCAGAAACUAGCCUUUGUUGUGCGGAUUGUAGAUAUUAAGGGAGUGAGUAAGAGGGUAAGAAGAGUGAUUGAGUUGCUGCGGCUGAGAAAAAAUUACACUGGUAUAUUUGUUAAACUGACUCCGUUAUCACUGAAGAUGUUGCGGAUUGUGGAACCUUACGUGGCGUGGGGACACCCUAACCUGAAAUCUGUACGAGAGCUCAUCCUGAAACGGGGCCAAGCCAAGAUUAAGAAAAAGAGGUUCCCUCUGACGGACAACAUGCUGAUAGAGGAACAUUUAGGGGGUUAUGGUAUUAUUUGCCUGGAAGACCUUAUUCAUGAAAUCUACUCUGCUGGGAAACAUUUCAAAAAAGUCACAAACUUCCUGUGGCCAUUCCAUCUUUCAGUGGCUCGCCAUGCUUCACGUAACAAAGUGGGCUUCCUAAAGGAAAUGGGUAAGCCUGGCUGCAGAGGUGAAGCAAUCAACCAGCUUAUACGUCAGCUGAACUAGUCAGGGUCAUUGUGAAAACUUCAGGAUUUAUUACCUGUUCCUUUUCACAUGUAGUUUUUAUGGACAUUAUACUAUCUCUUGAUUGUUGGUGCCUCUAUAAAAAAAGAAAAAUACACAGAUGAUGAUGGACUUUGGGCUAGUCCUUGAAGAAGAAGAAAAAUUGUAUUUGGUACAAGAAAGAAGUGACUGGAACUUCCUGGAGCAAUCUGACUUCGGCAUCUCUAUAAAACAAGGGGGUUUUAUGGUUGUUACUUCUAGCCCUGUACCAGUCACCUCCUGAUCUCAUCUUUGGUCAGUUCCUGAUGUAAAUUUCUGUUACAGUUGACUUGCACUUGCUGCUUUGAUCCAGUCCUCCCCAGGGGAAGUGCUUGAAGUUGCACUCUUUGAAGUGCACCUCCUUCUAGGUGUAAAUGGGUAGUGCAGUUAGCUGUUUUAAGAAUAUUGCUGUCAGGCAGAAGAAAACACUAGGUAUUCCUCUGUUACUGCAGUGCAAGCCCCAGUAAUAAAUAAUGUAACUUUUUUUUUUAAGUACCUAAAUUGUAUUUAUUUUCAAAAGCCAUGAUUUCGUGCCACUGUUUUACAAAAGGCUGCCUUUUCAAUUCUGCUAGAUUGGGACUGCCGGAGAGAACUACUUCCUGAUAGGAAAACCCAGAACCUUUGUAAUACAGCGGUGUGUGUAUAAUCAAUAUUUUUAAAUAAACUUUUGAAAUUAUACUAUUGUAACAGGAAGAGCCAUAUAUAACUCUAGAAGAGUAGGAAAAGAGUUAAAUACUCUGGCUGAAGUGAAUUUGGUGAAGGAAAUAAACAAAAACGUGGAAGAGCCUGAAAGUUCUAUUAACACUUGAGAGUUUUAAAUUCCUAAUUUCUUCCAGUACAAAAAUGUGUGAAAGAUGCAGGGAGAAUCCUGUGCUAUUUAACAAAUAGGGAAGGUGCUGUGCUUAAUCAUUAGGUCACUGACUAUUUGUACUGUUCUUUGAAGACUUACGUGGAGGCAAACUAUUAAUCCAUGAAUGGAUUUCAUAUUGACUCCACAACACUUGUUUUGAGAUAUAGGGGAAACAGUUAAAGUAAUAACUAAGUAGGAUGCCUUUAGCAUAUUAUUUCUAUGACAGUUAUAAAGAAAGAUGCAGCAUUCAUAAACCCAGCUAAAAUACAAAGUACUACAGACUCUGAAUUAGAGAAAACUAUACAAGUUCAAGCUUUAUUGUGUAAAACAAGAAUACAAACAUAGAAAACUCAACAGACGCUAGAGACAGAACACCCCCAUCCCCAGUGCUAAAGACCAGCAGUCAUUAAUGUACAAGGCUUCAUAUAGUUGAAGUUUUCCUGAUAAAACAGCUUCUUUAAUUAUAAAGAGGUACAAGUAACUUCAGAAUUGUUCUGUUGAUUCAUUUUGUUUCUGGUGAUAAAACAGCCCAGGCUUUUAACAUAAAGAACUGGCAUGGCAGGAGUGAGAUUUUUAUUCUUUUUAGUCCCAGAGAAAACUUAAGCCUGGUAAUAGAAGGCAGUUUGUAACAAAAUACUAAAUUACAGGGUCUGGACACAAUUGUAGUAAUUAAUCAUAGAUUUUAGGCAGUUUUUCUAGUCAAUGUGGUAGUUAACACCGUUAAGUUUAGCUCAUACAGUUAAGUAAGGAUUGAACUACCAUUAUGAAUACUUUAUUUAGACCUCUUUAAAAACAAUACCAGCUUAGUCUAGUGUUACACCACAUUAUCACAGACAAACACGUUGCCUUUUUUCUGUAUCAUACUUAAGCAAGAGCAACAGUAAUGGUGCGUUCAUGACUUAGCUGCACUAUGAACAGAAACUAUACAAGGUGAUAGAAUGUAUACAAAACCCCCACUUCUUAGGGAAAGGAAUCCUUUUUGUAAGCCACCAUACUAUUUACUUUGUGGAUUGUAGUAGUGAAGGAGCGAAGACGAACCUCUUCUGAAUUGGCUAUGAAUUGUGGUCCUGACUCUUCCCACUUUUCUGGCACUGCCAAAUCUUUAUCUGUGUAUAUCAGCAAGUCAAAGGCACCUGUAAGCAAGUAGGAACAAAUUAACAUGCAUUAAUGCCUGUAUAAGAAGAUGGUGUGUUUGAAGUUAAAGUUCAUCUUUUAAAGCUUGAGACAUGUACCAAGGUUCUCAGAAAUUAUGCUGAUACUAGUUAUGUGAAAAGAAGUAGUAGUUAAAAAACAUGAAAACAAGUCCUGGUUAUAUUCAUGUGUACCCUUUUCAGUUUUCUAAAGUGAGCGUGAUGUCAACUUUUCUUUAACCAUGUUAAAAUACUGUGGAGCUGAGCUCUAAGUAACACUUCAUAUAAACUCAAUGGUUAUUUAUACAAGCCUGUCCACAGCUACAGUCACAAAAUAAUGUAUUUAUGAAAAUUUAAAUUCCUUGGAGUACACAUACUAGUUUCAUUAAGUUAGUUAAGCCACCCUGAGUUCUGUCCUGAUCUCAGUCUAACAAAAUGCUGUCUCUGAAAUGUGAGGGUGUAUGACGUAAUAAUUAAAAAGCCUCAGAAAAUGUUUUCUAAAAUGGAAAAGUUGUUGAGGUUUUCCAAAAUAAAGCAUUUGAUUUCUUUAGUGAAGUUAGGAAUACUUACAGGCAGUUUCCAGCAGUGGCAGAAAAGUUACUGUGGCAGUUAUUUGUCUGAUAACAGAUCGAAUUUCAUCCUGAAUAGCUUUCUGAGAUUUUUCUCGUGGUGCACUGGAAAAAACAGGAAAACUGGUCAGAGGGUUUCUACUCUGCUGACAGUUUUCUUUAAAUACAUUUUUCUCUAUUAUGCUC